AUGUUGUUCUUAAAUUUCAGCCCCGUUGAGGCCCCGCGAAGUCCAUUUGAAAAGAUGGCGCAUUUUACUAUAUCUUCAUCUCCGUUCCAGUCCCAAGUGUGUGAUUUACUUCCAUGUAACGAUACCAGCAAGUCGACCCUGACUCACGCUUUGUUGAGGGCUUACAAUCUCUUUGAUCACUUCGAUGAGAUCAUCGAAAGGCCAAGUUGCACCGAGAGGGAUAUUACACGAUAUCACGAUGAAAGCUUCAUCAAACUUAUCAUGUCAUCUGCGGCAAGUGAGGCCAAUGAAGACGAGGAAUUAACGGGACGAGAUGGAGUAACGAGUUUCGCCAGGGAAUUUGCCUGCUCCAACGAUGAAAAUUACCUCUCUUGGUUUGAGAAUAUGCAAGAAAUCUACGCUUACUGGAACUCGUAUGCGAAUUUUAAUAACAACGCCCAUCGACAGCCUAAAGAGUCUCAUGCGAGGCUCAAUCUGACAACAUCCACGCGCCAGAAAGACCAGAACGCCUCCAAACUCGAAACAUAUGGGCUGAUGUACGAUUGUCCAAUAUUCCCGGACUUGCCACUUUAUCUCAAGGUAUCUACGGGUGCAACUUUGUCUCUGGCUUCCCGAAUAUUUGCCAAAUCGCCAACGAAAAUGAUAUUGAUUAAUUGGGAUGGUGGAAGGCACCAUGCGUUUAGAUCUAAAGCAAGCGGAUUCUGUUAUGUAAACGAUAUCGUGCUUCUGAUACUUGCAUUGAGACGUAAAGGUUUUCGAAGAAUAUCUUACAUUGACUUUGAUCUUCAUCACGGUGAUGCUGUUGAAAAAGCUUUCGAGCACUCCGAUAACGUCCAAACGAUUUCUCUUCACCUAUAUGAGCCAGGAUUUUUCCCAGGAACAGGAACAGUUGAAAGUGCUCUAAAUCAUAGGAGUGUUGUUAAUAUUCCUCUUCUCCACGGUUUAGAUGAUACGUUCUUAUUGAACGUUGUUCAAGAAGUUAUUAUUCCUUGCGUCAGACGUCACAACUCUGAGAUCUUAGUUUUGCAAUGCGGCGCGGAUGGCUUGAAAGGCGACAAGUAUGACGAAUGGCAACUUACAAUUAAAGGUAUGACUAAAGCUAUCGUGAAAGUAGCAGGAUCAAUGCAAAAUUGCCACGUUAUUUUAUUAGGUGGAGGCGGAUAUAACCCAAGGUUGAUGAGUAGAUUUUAUACUUAUUUGACGAUGGAGCUUUUAAAAACGUUUAAAGGAAGUCAAAUUAAUCUCGACUCUUUGGUGGAAAUAGAUGACAUUUUACCAGAUCAUGAAUUCAUAGAUCAGUACCGCGAUGAAUACUUCAAGUUUUGGAUUUACGAGAUGGAUGGCGAGAAGGGCAAAAAACUUAAAAACCAUAACGAGAUGAGUUAUAUAAACGAAUUGAUGAAUGCAUAUAAGUUAAUUUAA